AUGUCGGAUGAGGCUUUGAAUCUUGCGACGAAUCUCGCGUUGAAGAUGUUGAUGGAAAAUCGGGAAUUUCUGAAUUCGCUGGAAGAAGCCGUUGAGAAGCAUUUGGAUGAAUUGCAGCCGGGGCCUUCUACAGGGAACUCGGCGAUAAGGGACCUUACUAGUGCGUUAAGAACUGCGUGCUCUAUGUUUUCGCUGGAAAAUGAGAGCAUUAAAGAAAGCGAUCAUUCCAGUCGGGACCUUGGCAGCUUAUUCGAAGCUGGCUUGAAGGUUGAGCAAGCUGCGGACGAGAGAGGCAUUGAAAUCGCGUGCCGACGAGUAUGUCAUGUCAUUCGACGGUUCAUAAUACGAAUCUCGCAUGAGGUUCACGUUCGGAAUUGCUACACCAUGUCGUCGAAGAUCGCCGAGCUUUGCUACACAAUUGCGGCUAAAUGUGGCGGCGACAACUCGCGACUUCUUGAUGCGACCGAUGAGUUCAAUGCGAAGGUCGUCGGCGAGCUGCAGAAUUUGCUCAGGGAUCGACAGCGGCCGAAAAGCGCUGGCAAUUCGGUGUUGAGGUCGUCGGCGAGAGAUGCGAUGGUGUUAAAAAGAAGAACGCAUGCGCCGGGAUCGAUUGCCACGUCGAUUGUGACGAGAAAUAAAGGAUAUUUGAUGAAUGAUGGCCUUUAUAAGGCGAGACAUAAGUUGGCAAAGAAAUCGAAGAAGACUAAGCAGCAACACGCGAAUGAGGAGAAUGAGGAUGUUAAAAAGACCGCGAAAGCCAUAAGCCAGGAGAUAAUUGAUGAACUUCGUGCCUCGCUUAAACUCAAAAGUGAUGAUCAUUUGGUUUUGCUCAGAGAAUAA